AUUUGAUUCUGACUCUAACUUGCAGGUACAACUGUGAAAGGUGCUGUGGAUGACCUUGAUCUGGUUAUAAAGAAACUUGGAGAAGCAGGAUUUUCACAUGACAGAUUCUACAUCCAUUGUGAUGGGGCUUUGUUUGGUCUCAUGUUGCCUUUUGUCAAACGUGCUCCAAGAAUUUCAUUCAAGAAGCCUAUAGGCAGUGUGAGUGUUUCUGGUCACAAAUUCGUGGGGUGCCCCAUGCCCUGUGGGGUGCAGAUAACACGAGUGGAGCACGUGAAGGCCCUUUCGAGGAACGUGGAGUAUCUGGCUUCAAGGGACGCCACAAUCAUGGGAAGCAGAAACGGGCACGCCCCCAUAUUCCUGUGGUACAGUUUGAACAUGAAAGGGUACAGAGGGUUUCAAAAAGAGGUGAACAAGUGUUUGAGGAAUGCACACUACUUGAAAGGUCGUCUUGUGGAUGCUGGCAUUGGAGCAAUGCUCAACGAGCUCAGUAGCACCGUUGUGUUCGAGAGACCUCACGAUGAGGAGUUCGUGCACAAGUGGCAGCUUGCAUGCCAAGGGAACAUUGCCCAUGUUGUGGUCAUGCCCAAUGUCACCAUCCACAAACUUGAUCAUUUUCUUCAGGAGCUUCUGCAGAAGCGUGCUGUGUGGUUUAGGGAUGGUAAGGCUAGACCUUAUUGUAUAGCUUCCGAUGUGGGACUCGCAAAUUGUCUCUGUCCUCUGCAUAGGUGAUUGUCAUUUGUGUCAUUAUGUGUGUUUGUGGCAGUGCUGGCUUGGUCUGUAUUUAGAAUAUAUGGAUAUAAAAAUUGCUGAAACAAAGGUUGCUUUAAAAAUAAAUAAGAAGAAAAGAGUGACACUAAA